AGGCUCUGUGGGUUUACUGUGAGAUUUUUCGUGAAGCUUGUGAGAAGUUUCGCUGUAGUUUUCUCAAAUGAAAUUAGACAUUUAAAGACAAUUUAUCUGAUUUUUAAUAAAGUGGAGUGUUCUGCAGUGUUUUGUACUUGAAGGAUAUCAAAAUUCUCUGGUGUUUGGAGAGAUAGAGACAGUUUUUCUCUGAUUUGCAAUUUUUCCACGCCACCAUCGGAAAAUGGGCGAUGACUCGAAAAUUUUGCAGGAUGAUAAAAACCUGUGGCCUGAAGAUCUGAAACAGAGGGAAGAACAGUGGCAGAAGAAUGGGGGCUCUCCGGGCCCGACGAAGCGUUUCGACAGGAAGCCUCCGUCGCCGCCGAUGCCACCACCAAGUGACGACAAGGGGCGCAGUAGGAGUAGGAGUCGUGAACGCAGGAGGAGUAGAAGUAGGAGCAGGAGCCGAGGGUACAGUCCAGAUGACAGAUAUCGUCGUCGCCGGGACGCAUAUGAUUAUCGAUCCAGGCCCAUGCGGCGUAGCCCGGAAAGGCGUCCUAUACGUCGGGAGCGGGAGCGAUCAAGAGAGAGGAUUCGCAAUCGAAGUCGUUCUCGCGAUAGACGUGAUCGGAGUCCCUCAAGGGGACGACCAAGGCGGGAUUGGAGUCCCAAAGGGAGGCGUUCGCCUAUUCGGCGACCAACAACCCCACAAGCUCCUCCACCUCCAAAUAUUGCUCCACCGCCCUACAUCCCCCAGCCCCUUUACUCUGAUGGCUACAACUAUUCAGCGAAUGUUCCUCCAUACGGACAGGGAAUGCCUCCCCAGCAAUUUGGAGGAUAUGAUUUUCCAGGGCAAGGUCCUCAGUCGUACGUGCCACCGUAUCCGCCUCCACCUCCAGUGAUCCUUCAACCUGGAGCACCUGGAGAUGACUUUGGUGGACCUAGAGUCUGGGGAGUACCUCCGUCGAUGGGUCAACAGCGUCAAAUGCCACCUCAGAUGCCCAUUCCCAUGGAAUCUGAAGAGGAUAAGACCAAGCGUGAAGCUGCUGUUGUGCAGGAGAUGCAGAAUCAACGGGCAACAUUGAAGAAACAGCGUGAAGAUUAUCAGCGACGUGCAAGUGCAUUAACGCGUGAAUUGAAGAUUCUUAGAGAGCAAAGAAAUAAAUUGGCAGCCGUCAAUCAGCCACAUAGUCCUACAACUAGGAAUUUUCUCAAGGAAAAUGAUCGACUUCAGUCUCAGAUACAGCAUAAGCUAAGCACCAUUGAGAAUGUGAUCGAUAUGUUGUCGGGUAUUAUUGGGACGGAGAAGACACCAUCACCACCAUCAUUGAGUGGAGGACCCAAAAGUGCUGGUCCGAAAGGCAGAGACUCCGAUUCCGAUGAGAGUGAGUCGGAAAAGCUCAAGAGUAAAUUGAUUCAGAGCAUGAAGAAGAAUAAAAAGGAGAAAAUUCCUGAAACUAAUGUCUCCCGGGACAAAUUGGUUGAUCCUGAGAGGAAAGUUAACUACGUUUUCUACGAUCCUGAGAUGCAUUGGUGUCCCAUGUGCAAUGUAUUUCCAAAAUCAGCAAAGGAUUAUCUCAAUCAUCUGCACUCCAAGGAACACUUGAGUAUGAUGAAGAAUCAAGAUUCUCCGUGGCAUGAAAAGCAGCAAAAUGAUGAAUUCCCAAAUUAUCCAAAUGCUCCAACAAAGAGAACACCAAUUCGUGGAUUGCAGUUUUUCACAGCUUCCACUGCUUGGUACUGCAAACUCUGUGCCGUUUGGAUGGGAGAUCUACAUUGCGCUUCGACACAUUUGAAAUCUAAAAUUCAUGCUGAUAACUACAAUGCUUAUGCUGAUCAGAAUCCACAUUUUGAUGUGGACUGGAUGGCUGAUCGUCAGAAGGCUUACGAUAUUUAUCGUGAGAAGACAGCAUCGGGAAAAAAGUCACCGACACUGAUGCAUGUGAUUCCAAUGCAGCCGGAUGAAGAUUCCGAUAGGAAGUCCAAAAAGAAGAAGAAGAAGCUGGAUGGGAAGAAAGAGAAGAAAAAGAGAAAACGCAAUAAGCGUCGUCGUCAGUCGUCAUCAUCGUCAUCGAGUUCCAGUUCAUCUGACUCUGAUUCGGAUUCCGAUAAGAAAGAUACAUCCCUCGAAGCAAGUUUAGAUGAUGUUCCGGCUAAUUCGAUUCGGGUUUCCAUGAGGAAUAUGACGAAGCCCUCAGCGCCAUUGACUGAGGAUGAUAAUGCUGUUGGUAAAUGGACGAUGGUACAACCGGCACAGGUCACGUCUCAGCCUCCUUUUGCUCCUCCAGCUCCUUCAAUAUCCACGGAAGCAAAGAAGCGCGAUGAAUUGAUCAUAUCGCAAUGGACACCAGGUCCGGUGAUUAGUGAGUCAGAACGAAAGUUACUGGAUGAUCUUAAGGGGAAGCUCAAAAAGAGAUCUGAAGGGGAUGGAGGAAGUGCUUCGGAUGACAGACGUCGUUCUAGGGAUAGAACUCCAGAUCGGAGAUCUAGAAGGCGUUCUCGGUCACGUGGACGGUAUUCCAGGAGUCGUUCGAGAUCACGCAGUCCAUAUUACAACCGAUAUGGACGUCGAAGGUCAUCCUCGCGUGGACGUCGGUCUAGUUCUCGGGGACGACGAGUGAUUGAGAAGCCUGUGGUAAAUUAUCCGCCAGAACCAAAGCGUCUCAAUGAGAAGAAGACCAAAGGGAAGGAUGGCAAUGGAGAGAGGAAGAAGUCACCGCCAAAGAAGAAAGUUCCACCUCCAGCAAAGGGUAAACUUCCUUUUAUUGGCAGGAUGCCGGUGUUUAAGAAACAAGUGGCCGCUGAAGAUGCAGCCAAGCAGAAGGAAGCUGAAGGGAAUGGUGGAGAGGCUCAGUCACAAACUACUCCGGCUGCUUCAAAAACGCCAACUCAUUCAAAUCCUGGGAUGUCUCAGGGUGGUUCCAUGGAUGAUGAAUUGAUGCCGGAUCCGACACAGUAUAUGGUGCUUUUAAGUGGAGGAGGACCAGCUCCACCACCGCCUCCCAUGCAGCAGGAUUUGGAGAAGAAUGAGGAGGUUCUACCACCGGGAAUUGAUGAAGCUGAGGCGGAUCUUGUGCCAAAGCCUAUAAGUGAUGCACCACGACCGCGUAAAGGUCCUCUGCCUAAGGAUUUCCAGGAUGCACUGGAUUUGAUAUUUCCCGAUGAGAAGAAGAAGGAAAGUGUUGCAGAGCCCACUUCUGAUUCCAAUAGGGAACCUGUGGACAUGGAAGGUGUCACAGCAGGAGACUCUAUUCCAGAACCAGGAGGUGUGGUGGGAAUUGAAGAAGUGGCUCAAGGACCACCGAUGGGAAUCUACAAUACAUAUGGCCCGACAUUUCCAGGUGGAACAGGUUAUGCUGUGUAUGAAGGAAUUCCUGGAGCUAUUCAGGCAGAUUCUCCGGGAAUUGUGCCACCUCCACCGCCUAUUGAUAUGGAUACGGGAAAUUCAGCAGACAACAGCAUUCCUCAUGUUGAGAUGGCUAUUGAGGAAAACAAAGAAUCCUCAAUGAACAAAAUUGAGCUUGAUGAUCUUGCACUCUUGGGCAUUGAUGCCGAUGAUAUGGCGGCUCAGUGCAUGUAGAAUGUGCUGAGAAGAUUCAAUUUGGUAUUUGCUAUUAUCACAUUUAAUAAUGCUAUAAUUAAUUAGCUGGAAAUUCAAUAAAAUUCUUCUAACUGGA